AUGGCAGCCAUGCCUUCGGGCCCUAGCAGCGGCAGCCGAACUGACCAAACACUCAAACUGACCCUGGCCCACCCACUAACCGUGUUUUCCUCCCACCGGCUGGUCAACCUCCUAGGCCACAAGUCUCUCUCCCUCCUGGGCCCCUCCCGCAUCCAGGAGUUCCACCUACUGUUCAUUGAAAACCCUGCUAUCUCCCUCGACCUCUCCCCUGGCCUAAACCCGGCCUCCCUCUUGCCUAUCUCUGGCACCGGUUGGAUCGAGGAUCGAGAAACGUCAGACACAGUCGCCACCAUCCUGUUUCAACACAUCAUCCCCCGAUUUGGUCUGCCGGUCUCCAUUCAGACUCACCAGAUGUCCCUAUGGUGCUUCCAUGUCCACGGGACAUGGCAAGCUAAAGGUCGGACCCACACCCGAGUCCUGGGCACGGGAGACUGCCAACCAGAUGGGUGCCAGGCCUUGCACCAAAUCACCUCCAUAGCCCAAGUCGCUCUCCAGAAUCGACGACGCCUGGAUCUCCUGACGGCCGACAAAGGAGCCUCGGACCUCUGGUCGCCCGACUCCCCUUUCGACGCCCCCAUUGAGCAUGAAGUAGCCAGAGAUCAGAACGCCACCCCAUUACACCAAAGAUGUCGGGAUGAAUCAGUGACGUUUGAAGAUGUAGCGAUCAACUUCACCCAGGAAGAGUGGGCCCUGCUGGACACAUCCCAGAAAACCCUGUUCAGAAACGUGAUGCUGGAAAAUAUCACCCACCUGGUCUCCGUAGGGUAUCAGAUCCGCAAAUCAGAUGUGAUUUCCCAGCUCGAACAAGGAAAAGAGCUGUGGAGUGAAGCAACAGGAUGCCUCCAAGGCCAGAGUCCAGGUAAAUCAUGUGAAUGUCCUUUCUGUGGGAAAGCCUUUAGUAAUUCCUCUAGCCUCAGACGACACAAGAUGAUUCAUACUGGAGAGAAACCAUAUAAAUGUCAUCUCUGUGGAAGUGGCUUUUUUCAAAGUUUUAACCUUAGAAAUCACAAGCAGAUCCACACUGGAGAGAAACCAUAUAAAUGUCAUGUGUGUGGGAAAGUCUUCAGUCAAAGUUCCUACCUGAAAGAACAUGAGAAAAUUCACACAGGAGAGAAGCCAUAUAAAUGCCAUCUAUGUGAGAAAACUUUUAAUCAAAUCUCUUACCUUAGAAAACAUAAGAAAAUCCAUUCCAGAGAGAAGCACUAUGAAUGUCAUCAGUGUGGGAAAGCCUUUAGUCAGAGCUCUGGACUUAGUCAGCACAAGAGAAUCCACACUGGAGAGAAACCACACGUAUGUCUUCUGUGUGGGAAGGCCUUCAGUCACAGUUCUGAAUUGACUCGGCACAAAAGGACCCACACAGGAGAGAAACCCUAUAAAUGUCAGCAGUGUGGGAAUGCUUUCAGUCAAUGUACAAACCUGAGAAGACAUGAGAGAACCCACACUGGAGAGCAGCCCCAUGAAUGUCAGUGGUGUGGGAAAUGCUUCAGUCACGACUCUUCCCUUAGACGACAUGAGGGAACUCACACUGGAGACUACAGG